GCUCUGAGGAAAUAUGGCGCACAGAGCAGUGCAUAUACCAGUGGUAAUCAUUGCUUCAAUCUAUUCGUUUACUGCAUUCUUUUUAUCUAUUUUCAUCGCUUGUGCAGCAUUUGAAACAGUAAACGCCGACAAUGUGUUCAGUGCAAGCCACACGGCUACUGUACCCAUCGCUGCCGCUAGGGAUCUACGCUACCUUUUGUAUGACGUGAACCCCCCGGAGGGUUUCAAUCUGCGUAGAGAUGUCUAUAUCCGCAUGGCCUCCCUGGUGAAGACUUUGAGGAAGGAGGGGGAUGACUGGGUAUUGGUGCUGCCCCCAUGGGGUCGACUGUACCACUGGCAGAGCUCCAACAUCCACCAGAUUCGCAUCCCAUGGGGCGAGUUCUUCAGCCUCACUAGCCUACAGGUCAAUGUGCCUGUUAUUGAAUAUGAGGAAUUCAUUGCUGAGAAUGGAGGCCCCUUCAUAGACCAGGUUCUGGUACUGCAAAACUACGCUGAGGGAUGGACUGAUGGGAAAUGGGAGGAAAAAGUUGAUGAGCGGCCAUGCAUUGACAAGUUGAUGUACUCCAAAGAUAAACAGGGCUACUACAGGGGCUGGUUUUGGGGCUACGAGGAGACCAGAGCUCGAAAUGUAACGUGUAUAUCAGCCCAAGGCCACGCCUCAAUCAUGGCCCCAGUUCUUCAGAGAAACAUCACAGUGACAUCAGUUAUGCUUGACCGAGCAGAGACACUCCUCCAUGAUCACUAUGCUGGAAAGGAUUACUGGGAUACCCGCCGCAGUAUGGUUUUUUCCAAGCACCUGAGACUCAUAGGAGAUGACUUCAGAGCAAAGUACUUGAACUCUACAGAUGACAGAGACCAUACCAUUUACAGUGAGGAUUGGACUCGCAUGAAGGCCAAAUUGGGCUCAGCAAAAGGCGGUCCAUAUCUGGGGGUCCACCUGCGCAGGAAGGACUUCAUCUGGGGUCACCGAGAGGAUGUACCAAGCCUUAAAGGGGCAGUGAAUAAAAUGCGCAGCUUAAUGAAGAAGUAUAAACUCGAAAAUGUGUUUGUUGCAACAGAUGCAGAUGAGGAAGAAUCGAAGGAGCUGAGAAGGUUGCUGCCAGACAUGGUGCGGUUUGAGCCGUCCAAAGAGGACCUGGAGCUCUUUAAAGAUGGAGGGGUGGCCAUCAUUGACCAGUGGAUAUGUGCCCAUGCAGGAUUCUUCAUAGGAACUUCAGUGUCCACCUUCUCUUUCCGGAUCCAUGAAGAGAGGGAGAUUUUGGGUUUUGACCCUAAAGCUACAUACACUCGUUUCUGUGGGGACACUGAGAAAGAAUGUGAGCAGCCCACACACUGGAAAAUCGUUUAUUGAUGAGACCACUCACUUUCCUGACACACACAAGUGCCAAAAGCAGUGUUAAAAGGGACAUUUAUUUGUAUGGAAUAUACAACAUUGUUUUAACUUGUUUCAUGGUGUAUUAUUUUUAUUUACUUUUUAUGGUUUCAGAUUUGUGCAAUCAGGUCCUUAGAGACCACUGUGACUGAACCUUAUGCUCAAAAUUCUGGGCUGCCAAACAUGUUGUACUGUAAGUAAAUCUAGAAAUAUGUUUUUGGGUUGUAUGUUGAAUUUGGAUCCUUAAUAACACCCUCAUAUUUGACACAAUUUCUGAUAUUUAUUACCAGCACUACUAGUGAGAAAAGUGUCAUAUAAUGACUGCAGCAGAAAGUGUUGUAUGCGAGUCUUCUCAGUUUAGCAUUUUGUGAGAUUCAAAGAUGUUGACCAUCUAAACUUUCGCUAUUCUAUUUUUUUAAAUAUACACUUUUUUCUUCUUCUUUUUUUUUUAAAUAUAAAACCACAAAAGUAUGAAGGAGCAUUCGCAGAUCAUAAACAGUAUGAAGAUAAUGCAUUUUUAAUUUAAGGUACCCUGUGGAGUUUUCUUGUAGACAAAGAUGUGUUUACACUCGUGUGUUUCUUACCAAAAAGAUUUAAUUUACUUACUUCAGAAAGCAUUUGUGAAAUUCAUUUGCAAAACUUAUUUUUGAAGUACUUUGAACCCUGCAAUGUUUUCAAUUAUGUUUGCUAGCAGACUUCUUCUUCACUGCCUUUUUAAUUUUUUUAUAACACAAUGCUUCUUAGCGUGUUAGUGCCACUGACUGUUGAUCAGUGCAUACGCGUUAAACUUGCGUCAGGAAAGUGUAUUAUGUUGCGCUUUGAGCACACAUGCAUAUGAGUCUUUGUGACUCUGCACAAGAAAUCACAGCACAAUGCCCCUAGUGGUUAAAAAUUCUGCGAAGUACCUUUUUAAACUGGAAAAUCAGGAAGAAGCUAAUGAUUCCCAGCUCACAAUUUGUUAAAAAUAAGUGUAUUUAAUUUCUGCUUCCACCGUAUUUCAGUGUUUGUGUAACUUUUCUCCCUUAUGCCAUAUUUAUAUGCAGUGCCAGUAUUAACAUUUGUUACAUGGGAAUACAUUUCAAUAUAACUGAUGUUGGAAAUGUAGGAAAUAUGACAACAUCAUGAUGAAUGUUAAUGGGGCUUCGCUUAAUUCUUUUUGCCUUUUUUUUAUUUGUCAUUGACCGUAAUAGUGUUAUUGCUAAUCAUACUACCGUCUAAAGGAAUUGAAAUGCCACCAAGGAGCCAUUGUAUCUUGACAACACUAGCUGUCAUGUCAUAACACACUUUAUUUUUUCCAUUCCUGAGGAUGCCCACAUUUUGAUUAAAAACUCUUUGGUAUGAGCAUCGUCUCAUGACUUGCUUUGUACAAUAGUUGUGUAAUUUUCAAGUUGAAUAAAAGUUUUGAAUGAGUGAAAUGAAAA